GAGGAAAGUGUACUUGCUCACAGUGCCCCACUCUUAACAGAAAAGACAUUCAACAAGCUUGUGGGAAAAUUUAGCCAGUCCGUCUUUCACUUGAACCUCACACAGAUACUCUCGGCAACAAUGGAAGGGAAGCUGGUUGUCUGGAACAUACACCACCCACUUUCAUCUUCCCCCACCUUUGUGGGCUUUCCCUACAUCAAGCCUUGUAAAUUGGUUCAUUUGCAGAAAGAGAGCAUCACCGUGCUCACCACCGUUGAUAGCUAUAUUGUCACAGGUGACAUUAAGGGUAACAUUAAGUUCUACGAUCACAACCUGUCCAUUGUUAACUGGUACAGUAACUUCAAACUGAGCUCCAUAAGGACCCUGUCCUUUUCAAAGACCCUGCCAAGUCCCCCCACCGAGAAAUCCAACUUCCCCACAGACUGUACUUUAAAAGGUGACCUUUUCAUCAUCAGGAAUUUUAUCAUUGGAACAUCUGAUGCCACCGUGUACCACUUAACGACAGAUGGCACCAAACUUGAGAAACUAUUCGUAGAGCCCAAGGACGCCAUUUGUGCUAUCGCCUGCCACCCAUAUCAACCCCUCAUUGCCAUUGGGAGUGCCUGUGGGAUGAUCAAAGUAUGGGAUUAUGAAAAGAAGAAGUACCUUUUCAGCAGGGUUUUUGAAAAGGGACUUGGAGUCCAAAGCCUGACCUACAACCCAGAAGGAGCUCUGCUUGGAGCUGGCUUCACAGAGGGGACAGUUUACAUUCUUGAUGCAAUGUCUUUAGAAAAUGAAAGUCCAGAGCCUUUCAGAUAUUCCAGAACCUGCGUGACUCAUGUAAGCUUCUCGCAUGACUCCCGCUACAUGGCGACUGCAGAUGUAAGUUUCACUGUGGCUGUAUACGUGAUGAUAGUUAAAAAUGGACGAAGAGUCUGGGAAUAUUUGGCAAGACUCCGCUCUCAUCGCAAGAGCAUCCGAAGUCUCCUGUUUGGGGUUCACCUCGACAGCAAUGAGCCUCGGCUACUGAGCCUUGGGAGAGACAGGUUCCUGAUAGAGUACAAUCUGAUCAAGAGCUACAAAGACCACCUGGACGUCCUAGACAUUCAUCGAACUGACCAGGGCAACUACCCCACCUGCAUGGUCUGGUACCCGCCACUCACCAAGGAGCUCUUCCUGCUCAUUUGCAACAGUGGCUACAAAGUCAAACUUUUUAAUUCUACCACCAAAAUGUGCAGAAAGACACUUCUUGGGCCAGCCUACGGGUCUCCUAUUGAACACACGCAGGUCCUCCCAGUGAGGACCAUGAUGGAGCUACAGAAGCGCUACCUGGUGUUCAUUAACAAGGAUAAGGUUGGACUUCAGAUCUUACCAGUUGAUGGCAAUCCACAUAAGACAUGUGCUAUCAUCUGCCACCCAAAUGGGGUGGCUGGAAUGGCCCUUUCCUAUGAUGGCUGCUAUGCCUUCACAGCAGGAGGACAUGAUCGCUCGGUAGUACAGUGGAAAAUCAAUUUAAGUGCCCUGGAUGCUGCCGUUUCCCUUGGGGGUGACGACUUGACCCCGUUCUAUGGUCUGGUGUCUGGUGGCAGGGAAGGAAAAUUCUACAGGGUAACUGUCCUCAGAGUAAACGCUUCCUGGUAACCUCUAGUUAAGUUUGUAUACAAAUGUGCCCAGGUUUUAACCCUCUUUGCUUUUCUCCAAAGCUCCUUUCCUCACUGAGCUCAAAAUAUACUUUCUAGAAAACACCUUUGAAGCCUUAAUGGCUGCU